AUGAUUGUAUAUAUAUAUUUUAAGGUAACCGAGGAUAAUCUGCCAGUGGUUCUUUCAACAUCUCCAAUGAAGGCGGUACUUUGUUUCACGUUAUUAGUCCUUAUAGGACUAUCCAAUGCCAGGCCACAAUUUCUUCAAAAGGCUGCAAAUCAGCUACGUGAGUUGGAUAGACAGGCCUCCGUAUUAAGAAGUUUUGCUGAUAUAGAAUUUCCUUCAGGAUACCGCUAUGCCUACGACACCAGCAACAAUAUCCACGCUGCUGAAAUCGGCGAGCUGAAAAAUCCAGACACCGAAAAGGAAGCCCAAGUUGUCGAAGGUCAAUACUCCUACGUUGGUGAUGAUGGAAAAGAAUACAAGGUACACUACACCGCUGACGAAGAUGGUUUCCAUCCCACUGGAGAGCACUUACACGGAGCUGGUACUAAGAAGAAAUUGGGAAUUCCAUCGGCAGCUUUGGCAUCUUUAGCUGGAGGUGGUUUGGGCUAAAAGGGAGUUAUAAAUAGCUAAAGAAAGUUUUGUUUAAACUGUAAUAUACGAAAAUCUCACUGCCAAUAUCGCAAUCCAAAUAUUUAAAUUAACUGUUUUAUAGUUUAAUAAAUUGUAAAUAUAUUUAGUAAAAAAA